AAGUCUGAUCUCUUUUCCAAUGAAAGGUUUGCCAUCUAUGCUGAGAGAACUUACUGUUUUAACAUGUAAUGCUUUGGAGUCCCUACCCGAGUUGAUGACACUCAAUAAUCUGCUAGAGUUGCAGGUUUCUAGCUGUGAAUCACUCACGUAUUUAUUGUCAAGAGGGGGGCUACCAUCCACACUAAAAAAACUUUGUAUUCAUUCGUGUGCAAAGCUGGAGUCACUUUUUGCAGAGGAAGGGAUCAAAAUUGAUUGUCUAUCUCUUGAAACUAUUUAUAUCGGAGAAUGUGGGAGACUCGAAUCUUUACCUGAAGCCAAUAAUCUUAGGAAUCUCAGUGAAUUGUGGAUAACAGGUUGUCCUAAUGUGGAGCCCCGGUCACUUGGUGGUCGUGAUGAGAACAACAACAUCAACCAACUCACUUCACUUCAAAAGCUGCGGUUAGUUGAUUGCAGAGCAGGAAUGGUCUCCUACUUUGUCAAGGAAGGGAGUUUCCCCACCAACAUCACUUCACUUGAAAUCGGGAAAUUGAGAGUGGACGACGUCGGUCAACUUCCACUUCCGCCUCCAUCUCCAUUAGAGUGGGGUUUGCACAAACUCUCUUCUCUUACAACACUCGAACUUGAAGGCCGAGGUUGGCCGUGGGGAGAUACGGUGUCCUUUCCAGAAAAAGGGAUGUUCCUGCCCACCUCUCUCAUCAAAUUGACCAUCAGAGGCUUCCCAAAUCUGGGAAGACUCUCUUAUGAGAAGUUUCAAAACCUCGCCUCUCUCCAAUCACUUGAAAUCUGGUAUUGCCCUAUGUUCGCGUCCUUUCCAAAGGAAGGGUUGCCUCCCUCUCUUUUGCAUCUAUGGAUCGGUGACUGCCCUGAGCUUGCGACCUUUCCAGAACAAGGAUUCCCUCCCUCGCUUUUGUCAGUGUGGAUCAGGGGAUGUAAUCCAAGCUUGCAGUAAGUUUUUAAGGAUGCUUGCAACUUUGCUGGAGAAUGUGGGGGUUUGUUAUGGAAAGAUUCAAGAUAGAUGGCAAAGAAGGCAAAAAUACUAGUGCACAUUUGAGAAUUUCCACGUGAUCAAUGGCAAUAGAAAGCACAGAAAAUGAAAGAAAGAAGAAGAGAAGAGAGAAAUUGUACAUAGUGGCUUUUUGGCUGCUUAGCUUGGUGGGAUGGGAUUUUAAUAAGGCUCUUUGAGCUAAGCAAGGUUGGCGGUUGCUUAUUAUCCAAAUUCAAAUUUUCUUGAAGCUAGCUUGAGGAGUAACCCAUUGACAUUGUUUAGAGGAGUAUUUGGAGUGCAAAGUCUUUUUUGGAGGUUACACUGCACUGGCAUAUUGGGAAUGAAAGGUCUAUGAAGAUUUGGAAAGAUAUAUGGAUUCCAAGGCCUUACUCUUACAAACCUAUUUCUGUAACUGUAAUAACCCCGACCUCCGAUUAAUACUAACCCAUGAUUAAUUAUGCCUAACAGUAAUUUAGAAGGAAUCCGGAAUU